UGAGGACUCAGCGGUAGGGGGACCUCCUAUCCACCGAAAACCGGGCUUUAAUUCCGUUCACACAGCGAGACCCCGACAGAGUCCACCACUGAUUCACGCACCCUUGCUGCACCAUUACGGAUUUAUUGCUUUUUACAGUCUGUUUUCAACUGUAAUGAUCUGCUCUGUGAAACUCGAGUGAGGCAUACGUCCUGCAUGGAGGAUGAGAGGGAGGAAUUAAUCACGGGGAGCAACAAGAUGAGUAAAAAGUGAAAAUAAAGCAGUAGGUUCAGUGUGUGUGGAUGAGGCUGUGAGAGUGUGAGUGGAUCAGGAUGACGAUGAAAGGCUUGUCCGCCAGUCGCAGUCACCACCACACACUUACACACUGCGACCCCUCCUAUGACUCUCUGACCCUCCGUCACGACCGAUGCCCCUAUGUCCUCAACCCCGCCCACUCAAAUGACCAUGCCUACUAUGGAUGCCAGUCGGACCUAGCCAGCAGCACAUUUCCACGGCGACAUCACAACUCGCAUCCAGAGAUGAAGGACGAAUGUGCAGUAGUGCCAUAUGUAGGACUAGGGGGAAUGGCCGGGGGAAGUGGGUGUGGCCCAUGUGGCAUCCCCCCAUCCCUACUGGAGCAGUUUGACCACCAGCAACCAGUGCGAAAGGACGGCUAUCACACGUUGCAAUACAAACGCACAGCGGCCCUGGAGCACCAGCGCAGCGACAGUCCUGGGCGAAUACGGCAUCUCGUACACUCCGUCCAAAAACUGUUCACUAAGUCCCACUCCCUGGAAGGUCCCAGCCAACGUAGCCUCAAUGGCAAUGAUCCAACCAUCCCAGCCGAUGCUAUGGCUACCGCCACUUCCCACCCUAACGUCUCCACAAUGACCAUAGGCACCUUGCACAAGACAUCAAGCAACAAACGAGGGAAAAGCAAGGAAAGGAGUCGCUCUGAGUCCAAACCCCAUGCUCGCUCGCCCGGCUCAGGUUACUGGAGCUCUGAUGACACUCUGGAUAGGGAGAUCUGCCUGUACCACCAGCACCAACCCUCUGGAGUAAUGACCAUGGGGCGUCAUCCAGACAAAUCUCAGUCCCACUACAUCCUGGGUCAGAACUACAACACACUAGGUGGUGGACGUUCCUCUCUGAAGACAUCACGCAGCAACAACGAUGUUGGAAGCUGUACCACAUGCUCCAAUGUCACAGGAGGCACGCUGGCUAUCAGAGGUCCAACACCGAUAGACCAGGCUGGGCCUCUUGUGAAGAAGAGCUCCUGGUCUAGCACGCUGACGGUGAGCAGGGCCCGAGAAGUUUACCAAAAGGCCACGGUCAAUAUUGAUAAAGCCAUAGUCAAAGCACAGACCUGCCAGCAGGGACGAACCUGCCAGUUUUUACAGGUUCCUCAGGAUGAGUGGGGUGGGUUCUCGUCUAUGGGUCAGGAUGACGAGAUCCCAUGCAGACGGAUGCGGAGUGGCAGCUACAUAAAAGCCAUGGCAGAGGACGACAGCGGAGACUCCGACUGCAGCCCUAAACCAUCUCCCAAAGUCCAGGCACGGAGAGCCAGCUACCUUAAAGCAACCCAACCCUCCCUCACCGAGAUGACCACGCUCAAGAUCAGUACAGAGUCACACUCUCCCAAGCUGCAGAUUCGGAGUCACAGUUACCUGCGAGCGGUGAGUGAGGUUUCAAUCAACCGCAGUUUCGACAGUCUGGACCCAGCUGCCCUGCUGGCCUCACCCAAAUUUCGCUCCCGAAAUGAGAGCUACAUGAGGGCCAUGAGUACCAUCAGUCAGGUGAGCGAGGUGGAAGUGAACGGACAGAUAGAGGCCGUGUGUGAGAGUGUGUUCAGUGAGAUGGAGUCGCAGGCUGUGGAUGCUCUUGAUCUGCCGGGGUCCGGAUGCUUCCGCAUGAGGAGUCACAGUUAUGUGCGGGCCAUUGAAAAAGGCUGCUCACAGGACGAGGAAGAAGAGGAGAGGGCGACAAGUCAGGCCAUCUUACCACCUCGAACUGCAACUACUGUCAGAACCAUCCAGAGCAGCACAGUAUCAUCAUGUAUCACCACUUACAAGAAAACUCCGCCCCCGGUCCCACCCAGGUCAACACCCACCAGGCCAUACAUCUCCAUAACAGCCCAGAGUAGCACAGAAUCAGCCCAGGAUGCCUACAAUGAGCUAACUGGCUCAGGCCCUCCUAACCGGGCCUUAGCAGCGGCCCAGUCUGGCCUCAGCAACUCCACAGAGAGCAUCGAUAGCAUGAAGGCUCUGACGGCAGCCAUUGAGGCAGCAAAUGCUCAAGUCCACGGCCCAGCCAGCCAACAUGUGACCAACAGCACUAUCACCAUCACCACAGCGACCGCUACUGCUAGUGUAACACACAUCUCACAGGACGCUAAGAGAGACGCCCUAAGGAAGUGCCUGUCCAUUGGGAUACAGGUGGACGGUCCUGAGGAAACUGGCCAAUCAGAAGUGCAUUGCAAGUUUCAGUCAGUGGGCAUUCAAGUAGAGGAUGAGAGAUGCCAUCGCAGAGUCACACGCUCUAACAGCGUCACCACUGCCGUUCAAGCUGAUCUUGACCUUCUGGAGGGUCUCAGGGACGACCAGUUUGCGCAGACCCACCAGGGGCCAAUCAUCCGCCAACCGUCCCAAGAUGCAGCCACCUGCACUGUCAGCAUCCAGGGCUCUGGAAACCAUUACCACGCCUGUGCCCAGGAUGACUUUUGUGACGUGGGCUUCGACCCGUCCAUUCUGCCCCCGCCAGACCCCUGGAUGGACGGAGCAAUGGAGGAAGAAUAUGGGGGCAGAGUGACAGUGUCCGUGUGUCCGCAGGACGGACGCUGGUUUCUGAAGCUGCUGCAAGCAGAGGUGGAGAGGAUGGAGGGGUGGUGCCAACAAAUGCAGCAAGACGAGCAAAAGAAUGAGCUGCCGGAAGAGAUCCUUGGCAAGAUUCGUAGUGCGGUGGGCAGCGCUCAGCUGCUAAUGUCACAGAAAUUCCAGCAGUUCCGGGAGCUCUGCGAAGAAAACUUGAAUCCCAACGCCCACCCGCGGCCUGUGUCUCAGGAUCUGGCAGGAUUCUGGGAUAUGCUGCAGCUGUCCAUUGAGAAUAUCAGCCUGAAGUUUGAUGAGUUACACCAGCUGAAAGCCAACAACUGGAGAGCUCUAGAUCCACCCGAGAAAAAGGAGAGGCGUGUCCCCCCUCCGGUACCCAGGAAACCGAGGAAGGGUCCCGUCCUGCUGGUGCGAGACCGAUCUCUGGAGGGCUCACAGCGGCUGGAGGCACGCAAACGGCUUCUAGCAGCUAAACGUGCAGCUGCCUCUCAGCGCCAGAGUUCUGUCACAGAAUGUGCAGACAGUAUCGAAAUAUACAUCCCGGAAGCUCAGACACGAUUAUAAUGUCUCUCUCGCACUGAAAAUCCUGAAAAGAGGUGCUUAGAGGCCUAAAUAGACAUUGAAACACACCUACUCAAAUUCAACCACAACACAAAAGCACUGAAUGACAAUGACAAGGCAGGGUAGCUGUAAAAUAAUCACUCCUCUUUUCUUGUGUAAAAGAGAAUUUAUUCACUGUGGGGUUCUACUGUAUGUAUUUAGAACUUAAAGAAAUUGUUCACUCUAAAAUUAACAUUUUGUCAAUAUAAAUUCACCCUCAUGUCAUUCCAAACUAAAAUGACUUUUUUUGCUCUGUGUAACAAAAAAUAUGAUAUUUGUAAAGAAUCUUCUCACGGGUCUUUUCCAUGCAAUGGCAGUUCUUAGUGAUCAUGUCUGUUAAGCACCAAAAAUCCCCACAAAAAACAAACAAACAAAAAAACCUUAAAGUAAUUCAUACAACUUGCACUCAUUAUUAAUACAUAUAAAUUAAUAAUUAAUUAAUACAUAUACUGUAUAUUAUGCUGUAGUCUUCUGAAGCCAUAUAAUAGCAUUGUGUGAGGAACAGACUGAAAUUGUAUCUAAUUAAAUCAGUCUUGUUCUCAAGAUAACAGCUCACUAGUGUGGAAGAUUCUCAGUGAAUAAUAACUUAAAUUUAGAUUUUUUCGUCGCAUAAAGUUAUAAAAUGGCUUCAGAAGACUUGGAAUAUAGUGUGCGAAUCUUAUGGACUACUUUUAUGGUGCUUUUUUGGUGUUUAUUUGUCUUUUUUUUUUUUUUUACUUAACAGACAUGUAUUCGUUUGGAAAACGCAGAGUAAAGAUUCUUCAGAAAUUAAAAUGUUGUGGUCCCUGGAAAAAAAAUAAACGCAUUCAGGUUUUGAACGACACAAACGUGAGGAAAUAAUGACAGAAUUUUCAUUUGUGGGCAAACUAUUCCUUUAAUUUUAUUCUCUUUCUCUCUGUCCUGCCAUCUGCGAUGUAGCUCCCUUGUUAAACUCCCAAAGACUUUUAAAUGUUUCUAUUAGACACUAUAUUAUAUUUAAUUGUUUAAAUAACCAAUAAUAUAUAUUCAUGCCUUCAGCACAACAUAGUGUGUCUGUUAAUACUACUAUCCAAAUAAUGCACACUACUGAAUUUCAAUGAAGUAUUACAUGAGUUUAAUAUUGUCAUUUGUAGAUUUUUGCAGUUACUGUGUAAGAGCCAUGUCUUGUGUUCUCAUGGAGGACAUAAACUACUAAAAGGGCAACAAACCGAUUACUUCUGAAGAGUUUCACAUUGAUAUUUGUCUGUGUGUACAGGUUCUGAUAUACUUGUGAGGGCCAUUUAAAAAAAUAAAUGUCAUAUUUAUAUAGUAAAACAUGUCAUAAACCAACUUGUAAGGACAUUUAAAGUGGUCAUCACUGUUUAGUGCUCAGAAAUUGGCCAAAUUAGGAUUUUAUUUAAAUCCUGUGAUUUCAGUGAGGGUCGGUUUAGGGGUAGAAGUAGGGAUGGGUUUCAGCAAAUAUAAUUUUCUUUAGCUAAAUACAAUUGUUUUUAUGAUAUGCCCUCACUAAUAUAGCGAAACCAACGUGUGUGUGUGUGUGUGUGUGUGUGUGUGUAUGACAGUCUUUCUUUAUGUGUAAUACACUCUCUAAUGCUUGUCACCGUGCACCUUUGAGACAGGGCGAGGUUGUUCUGUUCUCAGUAUCAGGGGAAAGAAUGUCAAAACCACCUCUCUCACUGUCUUCUCCUCUUUCUUCUCUUAUUUUUCAGCCUCCCACGUCGUCAUCUUCUCCCGUCCCCUCAAAUCUUCUUUUUUCGAUACAUAUAACCCACCUUGCUCUCCUUCAUUCUAUCUCAUUUCCUGUACGCUCACUAUCUUUGCUUAGCAGUAGCACCUGUAGUGACACGGAUGUCCAUCAAAUCUGACAAAUGCAACACAUUUACUUGCCCACUUCAUCUGUCACUGCUCAAUACGUCAAAGUCACUGAUGGAAAUGCUGUCGAAAUGCGGCACUCUCAAAAAUUAGCAAUGUGUUACGUUAUGAAACAUUACAUAAUGGCAAUCAGGGAUUAAAUUGAGCAUUACACUGUGUCCUAAACAGGUGUGAUGCGAUAAAGGAUCGCGAUAAAAACAAUCUCUUCUGUGUGUGUUUUUGUCUGUCGUUUGGUUUCAGCUUCUGUGGUCUUGUGCUGGUUAGCCCCACCCACUGUAAAAUCUUAUUGGUCCAAAAUUACACAUCAAAUAUUUUAUAAUUGGUUGUGAUUGUGCCGCAUCGCGCAGCAGUUUCGCAUUCAGUUUGAAAUUACAAAUUGCUUGUCUCUGACAACUUGUAGCAUUGCGCCUGUUUAACGUGACAUUGGAGCACAGGAAACACGCUUAUUUCGAGAAAUGCACACUGUUUAGAGUAUUAUGUAAAUAUUUAAACUAUGAACUACGAGAGAUUCCUGAUUGCUCACUAAUAUAGCUCCUCACUACAUUUGUCGAUAUGUUUGUAUAAAUCAAUCUAAAAUAAAAUUGCAGUAUUUUUUAAUGCAGAAAGUGUGAUGAGUUGUAUACAUAUUUACGACCUGAUAAAACAAAAUCAGAACUGAAAACAUCUAUAUAUCUCCUUCUCUACCAUUACGUUUCAAAGUAUCAUUUGAAAUACUAAAGCUGCAAUGUCAUGACUUAAUAAAUGACAUACAGUGACAGAGCAAUUUAUUUAUUUAUUGUAUUAUGAUCACAAGAGUUAGCAUGAUAGUGUCUUUAUCUUUGGCCAAGUCAGUGUGUGUGUGCGUGUGUGUGUGUGUUAUUGCCUCAUCUAAGUGCAUGUACCCAAGUGCUUCCUAAUUUCUUUUUUUCAACCCGAAAUGUAGCACAGUUGAUACUUUGUAAUAUAGAUCAGCUUCUUUCCUUCCUGAAUUUUGAUUUAUACUAAGAUGUAUAUACUUUCAGCAACCCUGCGGAGACAGAGCAAGUAGACAUGUAUUAAAGCAGAGCACAUACCAUCAGUUUAUUAUUUUUCUAUUUUAAUUUUUGCAUUUCAGAGUUACACUUUCUUGUGCUGCUCUUGUUUCAUUAAUUUGUUUUUAAACUGACAUAUUUUUCAAUAUUUGCUUGUCUAUUCUGAACCACACUGUCUCAUCUUUUUCAAUAACAAAUAAUACUAAUUUGCACUUGUUUCAUAGGUUAAAUAAACAGAGCUAUUUCUUUUUGAGUUGGCUCAAGAUGUUUCACUGUGGAUAGAUACAUCACUAUAAAUAUACUGAUAUUAAUUUCCCAGCAGCCAAUGUGCAGCCAUCCUCUAUUUUGAUAUACACUUCGGUUGCAUUGGCUUUUGUUGUUGUUUCUUUGUAGAGUUUAUAUUAUUAACCAAACUCUUAGUUCCAGUUAUUAUGCACUAGAGAGCCCUUAUACUGUGGUUAACGUUUGUUUUCAAAUAUUUCAAUGUUUAAACGCUCGGCCUUAAUUUAUGAAUAUACUGUACUGUAUGAUUGUCAUGCACAUUGUAGCCUCAGGGGAGACUAUAUAACGUGUAUGAAUGUGUGUGCGUGUAUCUGUGUGUUUUUGUUUGUGUAUAGCCUAUCAUGAAGAGGUCUUAUACUGGAGAUAUACCUAAAGCAUUCAAUACUGGCAACAAAAUACCCAUUCAUAUUGAUAUUUAUUUUCACUGUAUCAAUAAGUUCAGUAAUAUUUUGGGACAUUUAAGCUACAGUUCAAAUAUAACUACCUUUGAUUUAUUUAAAAAAAAAAAAAUUCCAGUUCCAGUUUUAAUAUGCAAAAGAAAGUGACCCAAUGAAAAAUGACCCAUGAAUUUUUGACAGUAAAACAAUAUCAAAUUGAAUGUGGAUGGACAAUCAAUGAUUAAAACAAUGAUUAUAUUUUUAAAAAUCCUGAAUAAAUUUAGCAAACUAAAAUAUAGACUAAUUUAAGUCUAUUGAAAUAUUAAUUGGUUACAUUUAAUUUUUCUGUGCUUUUUAGUAUUUAAAGAGAUAUUUAUGAGACAUUAGAGAGAUAUGUUGUGAGAUUAUAGCACUUAACUUUUUUCACGAUUUAUCACAAACUUGGACAUAUGUCAUUUUCUUGAAUGUUGUCUUUCACUGAUGUGGAAAAUAUUGGUUUAACAUGAUAAGUCCUGACUUUUAGGGUUUUAUCUCCCAAAAUAGAAGAAAAUCAUAUUGUGUAUUAUUGCCAAAAUAUGGACUGAGCACUACAAUGAACUUUGUCAAAUGAAGGCAGUUUAUUAUGUAUUUCCUGUUCUUGUACAAGCAUAAAAUCUAUCAAAAUGACUGUGUGUAAAUACAUGAAUGUUCUUCAUUGUAAAUGUAACCUACAUCCAAUAAUAUCUUACUACUUACAUUUUGUAUUUACUGUAACAACACUGUUGAUGUUAUUGCACGUGUAUGAAAUUUUGAUCAAUAAAAGUUACAGACACUCACA